AUGUCUGCAAUCGUGAGUGGUGUAUUAAAUUCCACCAUCGGUUUAUUGUGCAGUAAACUACGAGAUUACACUGCAGAGAGAUUGAACGAAAGUGACUUAAACGAUGAAAAAUGCAGACAGAUCAUUGUUCGAGAACUCGAUGAUAUCAAAUCGAAGCUCGACGGCUUGUCCAGAAAGGACCUACUUGCCAGCCUCAGCUUUUUCAAAGAAGGCGUUACUAGAUUGUAUUCUUCUCUAGAGAUAUCUGGUGAAUCUUGUGAUGGGCCCAGCACCUCACAAGCAUACGUAGAAGACCAAUCUGAAGUCGAAGGUGCAACAGCGAUGAUUCCAGUCACGCAAGCUGAACACGAUAUCGUACAAAGGGUUUCUGAACUUUCCGAACUGAUUGGGAACUUAAAAAUCGCAUCACAGGAUCGCUACAAAUCAGCCAAGGAGUCUUUAAAGGAAGCAAAAAGGCUAGCAACCGAAGCAUUUAACAACGCAGCGCUGAGUAGCGAAGAUAGAUUAAUGGCAAGCAAACUUCGUAUUGCCAGCAGAAUCCUCGAAUGCCUAGACGAUCCAGAAGCAGCCGUUCGAGAUUGCUUUCUCUACCUGAAAGAGCUUCAUGAUUUACCUGCAGUGCAAGCGAUGUUUUCUGUAUGGUACAAUUCUGACAAAGGGAUUACAUCCCGCAUACGAGCUCGCUUCAACAAAAAGAAAAGGGAUGUCAACGUAGAUUCGAUACAAAUGAUCAACGCCUUAUUGAUAGAUCUGGCUAUGAAAUUUACAAACAUCAGCAUGGGUUGUUUAAACUGGCCUACGAUAAAGAUUGGCAAGGUAAUUUAUCACCCAGUUUUGCACAACAACGCAGUUUUAAAAGAAAUUGAAAAGAACGACAUGCAAUUUCCUUGGAUCUGCAAGUUUCCUGUGGAUAUUGAUUGUAGUCUUUACCAUGGUUGCGCGCUCACUGGUAAAGGAGAAAUACUAUCAACAUCUGAAGACGGUCUUAAGCUCACAAGAAGAAACGGUGAAUGCGAGUUGUUUUGUACCAUUCCCUCAGAAAACGAUGGAGAUAUCCUGAACGAAAUACGCUGUCUUGCUGUCGAUGAACAUGAUAACGUAUACACCGUCAUUCAAAUCCCGUCCUGCUCCGAAAUUGUUCCAACGAAAUACAAAUUAUUAACCUUUGAUGCGAAUGGGAACGUAAAAGCGGACAGAUCACUUGAUAUUACUGAAGAAACAACGAGACGGCUAGAAAUGAGUGUGACCAAAGAAGGUAUGAUUGUUAUCUGCUGUGAUGUGAGGAAAACCAUGUAUAUCUGCGACAGCACGAACGUCAAGCCAGACUACAAAUUUCCACUGCCCUGGAAAAAUGUAAAUCCCUAUUACAUUGACGAAUUUACGUUUACUGUUUCUAAUAAAAAUGAAAUCAUUUGCACUUUUUUCAAAGAUGAAAUCAUAAAAUGUUUUUACAUGUACAUCAUUACAAUGGAUGGUAAGCUGAAACGUGCAGUGCAAGUACCUGUUGUAAAUUCAGAUUAUUACUGGCGGUUGAGUGUCGUCUUUAAUCAUGUCAACGAAACUAUUCUUGUCAGUUUGGACAAAGAUUACGAUGACAGUGAUGACAAUGAUAGUGAUGAUGACAACGAUCUUUCUACUGACAUUGAUUUUCGUAAACAAGACAAAGAUUACGAUGACAGUGAUGACAAUGAUAGUGAUGAUGACAACGAUCUUUCUACUGACAUUGAUUUUCGUAAACAAGACCAUACUAUUAUCUACAGUUUCUCAAACAAUGGUGAGCUGCUCCAUCAGUUUAAUAUUCUGGGUUUGUAUCAACAGCUGAUAUCACAUCCAAAUGGACCUAUCGCUUUGGUCAACUCUUAUAAAGCAGUUAUGGUCCAAAUGUAA